AUGGCGCACAAUCAUCGUUUCCCCGACUGCUUCGUAAACUUUCCCGCGAGGACUUUGAGGACGAGGACGAUGAUUUCUUCCUCUCAAAAGGGGUGUUCCUCUCGUUCUUUGACGAGAACUCGAAGCGUGUCUUCUUUGUUCCGGAACAGGAGGAGAAUCAUCCGCGCGAAAGUCGCGACGGAUUUUGCGUCUGCCGGUCUUGCGUGUGCGCGAAAGAAGAAGAAGACGAACGGUGUCGUUGCCGUUGGCGGCAACUCCUUUUUCGCGACGACGACGACCAAAACGAUUCAGACGACGAAGAGUUCGCGACGCUUUACGUCCUCGUCGAGCUGCUCGGCGACGAAGAACGAUUCAGAUGAAGGAAGAGGAAGAGAUGAUGAUGAAAACGAGAAGCAAAAGGAGUAUUACGAAGGCCUCUACGGAACGUGGACGGUGACCUCGCGAGACGAGUUGGAAGUGUGGUCGUACCGAGUCGCGUUGUCGUUGGCGUGUGUAGGCGCCCUUGGCGUUGUUUUCGGCGAUGCGAGUGGGAACGAGGCGAUGGUGAACCCGAGUUACUUUUUAGGCGCGAGCGGGUUCGGCGUCGCGUUGGUUUUGGUGCACAUGUACGUGACGCCGAUAAAACGGGUGAUGCAAGCGCUGUAUGCGGUUGGGUUGAUAGGAUCUCUCGGUAUCGUCGCGUAUACGCAAAACGGUGGUAGUAGUAGUAGUUUGUUGGAGUUUGUGCGGGAACAUCGGAGCGCGGUUUGGUUCAUCGGUCCGAUGUUUGCCUCGUUUACCGGUUUAGCGUUCAAGGAAGGGGCGUGCUACGGGAAACCCGAGGCGUUUCUGUUGUUUCUUCUGACGCCUAUCAUGUGUCUGGGGCAUUUAACCGGCCUCGCCAGCGACGAAGUGGAGACGUUUUUCGUCGCGAGUUGGAUGCUCGGCUUUUUAGUUUUCGCCGGGCGAAAAUAUACGCAAGCGGUCAAGGACGAUAUCGGGGAUAAAUCCGUGUUUACGUUCAGAGGUUUGAAGACGGACGAGGAAAGGAGAGACUAUUUAGAGAGACAAGGGAAGGAUUUGAGCUUGAUGGAAGACGCGAUGUGA